AAAAUAAAUUUUAAAGAAAAUCGCUAAAAGCUGCUGAGACAUGUUUGCUGACAUGGACCAUCCCAGAUGCAACGUGGCAUGGCCUCAUUCACAACCCAGAAAGACCGUUUAUUACACGCGCUCUAUCUUCCUCCUUAUCCAGACACAGACCGAGCUAAAGGUAACAUUCCCUUUUAUCUACACAGAACGUAACCACGAAACCCUAACUCCUAUUUCCCAAAAUCACCAUAUUCAUGCUCACAACCUUCGCAGAAAUCUGAAUUCUACUUUCUUCUAGUCUCAAAUUUCACAAAGAUGGCAGCUGCAUCUAUGAGUUUCAACCUAGUCGGAGCCUUCGGAGGACUAUCCAUGACCUCAAGCUCUUCAUCGUCUUUCUUCAAAGGGGAUUUGGGUUCCAUCAAAGUGGGUCCCAAGCUAUCAUUCUCCUGUCCGCAAAAGUUCCCCUUGACGAUUGAAAAUGCUCACAAGAAGGGAGCCGGGAGUACCAAGAAUGGCCGUGAUUCUAAGGGCCAGAGGCUCGGUGUCAAGAUUUAUGGCGAUCAGGUUGCCAAACCAGGCGCCAUUAUAAUUCGCCAGCGGGGUACCAAGUUCCAUGCAGGAAAGAAUGUAGGCCUUGGGAAAGACCAUACAAUAUUCUCAUUGAUUGAUGGACUUGUAAAAUUUGAGAAGUUUGGACCUGACAGAAAGAAGGUGAGUGUAUAUCCAAGAGAAGUGGUGCCUGAGAACCCUAACAGCUACAGAGCUAGAAAGAGAGAGAACUUCAGGCUCCAACGUGAACGCAAGAAGGCCCGAAGGGAAGGCUAUGUUCCUCAACCCCAGCUAGUGCUUGCUUCUGCUGAAGAAGAUGCUACCGAUAAAAAUCCAGUUUGCUGAUUCUUAGAAGAUGCCAACUCUUUUUGGGUUAUAUUGUAAUCAGAAGGUGCAGAUAGGGAGAGUUCAGUUGGUUCCAUUCCUUUGUUUCUCUUUUCUCGUAUAGUCCCAACUGAGAUAUAUUUUCAACUCUUUGAUUUUGUGUAUCAAUUAUGUUCAUCACAAGCUGAUGUUCUAUUUCUUUAUUGGUUUUUUUUUUUUUUUGAGGUUCUAUUUCUUUAUUGUUAAAAAUGGAACUUGGUAUGGUUUUUGGUAAGUUGAACAAAUGUAAUUCCCUUAAAUCAAGUAAACCUAUACCAUUCACAA